AUGCAAGAAUAAUAUGAAUUGUAUUAUACUACAUAUAAUUAAGAGAGAGAAAGGAUUAGAGUAAGAGAAUUUGAUAAUAUUAGAAAUUUUAUAGUAGUUUAAAAUCUGAGGAAUCCAAUCGAAUAUUAAAAAGUGAAUCUCUUAAUGAAUCAUUGAAGAAGGCUGAAGGAUUUAAAAAUGAAAAGAAAAUGUAGAUUAGAUAGAAGGCUCAUAAAUUUAAUAUUAAAGCUAAAAUUAUAUAGAGAAAGAAUAAUUAGAUGCAAGAACAUCAAUUUUUAGGAAUUAUUAAAUAGAAAAAUGAAUUAUUUAAGAAAGAGAUUGAGCUGUAAGAUAUAAUUUUUAUUCAGAGAACAUCGUCUUAAUAUAUUAAAUGCAGAAUAAACAGAGUAGAUUAGAUAAAAUUAAAUCUAUAAAUCUAUGAAACAUAAAAUAUAUUUGGAGAGAGUUGAAUAACAUUAAUUAGUUAUAUAUUUAUAUAUAAAUUAGAAAAUAGAAUAGGAACAUUAAUAAUUAUUAGAAUAAAUGAAUAAUAAAUUUUAGAAAGUUGAAUAAUAUAUAUAAAUAACAAGAGAAUCAUAAAAAUAAAAGUUUAGAAGUCUUAGUUAUAAAUAUUUAACUUAUAAAUAGAAAGCAGAAAAUCUAAUAUUAGAAAAAACAGAAAAUACAUUUUAAGAAGCACUUGAUAAUAUGUCUAAAAGAGAAUAAAUUUAUGUAUUUUAUUAAUUAUAUUUUAUAAAAAAAGGAAAAAUAUCUUGAAACAAAAGAAAAAGAGAGGAAAAAGAUUGUUAAAAGAAACAAAUUAGAAUUAAUUAAAUUUAAAAGAAACAAGAAAAGAUAAGAAUCAAUUGAAAAAGUCUAAAAAUAAUUAUUAGAAUAAGAAAGAUAAAAAAGAAUACUUAAUAAAUCUACAUCCAUACCAAAAAUUAUUAUAACUGAACAUGAUGAUUAAAUUAAUAAUGAUGUAGAAGUUGAAGUUUAUGAAUUAAAUAAGACAAAUGAAUAAACUUAAAUUUAUGAAGAAAAAGUUAAUUCUUCAAAAAAGAAUUUAAAAGAAGAAUAAUCAAUUUUUACUAAUAUUAAUGAAUCAUCUAUUUAAGUUACUUUGCCUGAAAACAAAAAUAUUGAAUCUCCAAAUUAUAAAAAACUAAGAAGAAAAUCAGAAAAGGAACGAUAAUAUCAAAUUUUAAUGUAAAAUAAUUUAACUAUAUAUUAUAGGAAAUUGAGAUUGAAUUUAAAAUAAGAAAGAGAGAAAUUAGAUAGAGAAUUGAAUUCAUUCUUUAUCAGUCAACCUAUACAUUCAAAUUGA